AUGUCCUCCGCUACCAACCUCCGUUUAUUGUCGUGGGACUGCGCCGACGACCCGCUAGAUUUCGGCGCGUUCGCCGGCGCCGCGUUCCUCCCGCUACAGCGGCGCGCGGCGAAGCGGGAACCCGCGGUGUCGCCGGAGGCCGUUCAGGCGCGCGCCGUUGACGAGCGGGGCGGCGGCGCGGCGGAGGAAGAGGAGAAGGCGCCCGCCGCCAAGAAAGAUAAGAAGACUGUCAAAAUAAUGACAUACAAUGUAUGGUUCCGAGAGGAAUUGGAACUGAUUAGAAGGAUGAAUGCUAUUGGAGAUCUUAUUCAGCAUCACAGCCCAGAUCUUAUGCUUCCAGCUGAUGUGACUGUUGGAGGUGUGAUCAAGUUGGUGGUGGCUACAAGCCACCUUGAGAGCCCAUCCCCUGGACCUCCUACUUGGGACCAGAUGUUCAGCAAGGAAAGAGUAGGCCAGGCAAAUGAAUCUGUGAGGACUCUGGGAGCCUUCCGCAAUGUAAUAUUCUGCGGGGAUACAAACUGGGAUGACAAAGGAGAUGGGCCCUUCCCCCUACCAGAUGGGUGGAUCGACGCUUGGGAUGAGUUGAAGCCCGGUGAAAAUGGCUGGACCUACGACACGAAAGCUAACGUCAUGCUAUCUGGUAACCGUAAGCUGCAGAAGAGGCUGGGCCGGUUCAUGUGCAAGUUGUCGGAUUUCAAGGUCGAGAGCAUCGAGAUGAUCGGGGAGGAAGUGAUACCAGGUGUCACGUACAUCAAGGAAAAGAAAGUUCGCCAGGAGAUCCGUCAGCUAGUAUUACCUGUCUUACCCAGCGACCACUUCGAGCUUGUUCUGACUAUAUCAGCUCUCAGUCUGAGAAGAUCUGAUCGAUUAUGGUCCAGAAACUACUCUUGA